CUCCGCGGCGUCGCCAGCCCACAUGCGCCUCCGCCGUCGCGCGCACCUGCUGUGUCCGGGCUGUCAUUCUCCUCCUCCUCGAUCGAUUCCUUCCUAUUCCUUCAUUCAUUCCCCCAACCGCCUCGUGAUCAAAAUUCUAUAUAAGCCUCGAAACAGGGACACACCGACUCAUCACUGCGCCACCGGCCGUCCCUCUUUCAGCCGAUCGACCCCUCCCAUUUCAUCGCACGACUCCUUUUACGAGCUUGAUGGCCGUGAGCUCGAAGCAGGCCCAUGCCUGCGUAGUGCUCGUGGUGCUCUGCAUUGCCGCGCGGACGGCGGCGGCCUGGGGCAGAAUCGACGACCGCCUGGAGGUGAACUGGGGCCGUGGCAGCCACGGGACGGUCUCGGCCGACGGCCAGGUCAUCUCGCUGUCGCUCGACCGCAACUCCGGCUCCGGCUUCCGGUCCAGGGACACGUACCUGUACGCGCGCAUCGACCUGCAGAUCAAGCUCGCCCCCGGCAACUCCGCCGGCACAGUCACCACGUGCUACUUCCUGUCGGAGGGAUCAUGGGCGAACCAUGACGAGAUCGACCUGGAGUUCCUGGGCAACUCCACCGGCGAGCCGUACACGCUCCACACCAACGUCUACAUCAACGGCACCGGCAGCAAGGAGCAGCAGUUCCACCUCUGGUUCGACCCCACCGCCGACUUCCACACCUACUCCAUCGUCUGGACUCCCCUGCACCUCCUUGUGCUGGUGGACGGCACGCCGAUCCGGGAGCUGAAGAACCACGCGGACAGGGGCGUGGCGUACCCGUCGUGGCAGCGGAUGCGGCUGUACGGGAGCCUGUGGAACGCCGAGGACUGGGCCACGCAGGGCGGCCGCGUCAAGACGGACUGGUCGCUGGCGCCCUUCGUCGCGCAGUACCGCAACUUCACCGCCACCACCUCGUCGCCGGGCGCCGGCGGAGGGUACUACGACCAGGAGCUGGACGCGACGGCGCAGCAGGCCAUGAAGUGGGCGCGGGACAAGUACAUGGUGUACAACUACUGCGCGGACAGCGCGAGGUUCCCAUACGGCUCGCCGCCCGAGUGCUACAUGCCGUAGAGAUCCGGUGAUGCUUUCCAUCGGCUGGACAACUACUUUGAGUGCAGAGUCGGUUACAGUUACACAUGCGUAGAGCAGAGACGACUAUGACGAUCCAGGGGAGGGUAUACACAUGCUAGCGUUGACCACAAUUCUUGUCAAGAUUUGUUCAUUCUUUUUUGUAAAAAAUAAAGAAAUCUUAGCUACAUACA